AUGCCCCGCCACACCUGCGUCAAGAUCGACGAGGAUAUCGAGACCUACUCGACCCUCGACCCAGCCCAAUACACGCCCACCCCGACCCGACCCUUCCGCGGGAUAUUCGUCGGCGACUACGGCGUCCACGGCUGCGAGUUCAUCUGGAUCAACCAGCCUGACGACGACGACGACGACGACGACGACGACGACGACGACGACGACGGCAACACCCCGCCGAGCAUCGAGCGCGCCGAGGGCGAGUCCGACGAGGAUUAUGCCGCGCGCCAACUCCACGCGGCCAUCUACCGCGGCCGUCUGGAGGCUGUCAAGCUGACGGGCGACGCCAAUGUGCCGCGCGGCGAGUACACGUUUGUGGUGGAUGACCUGGGCGAGGCCGGGUUUGUGAGGGAGGAGACGAAGGACCCGUUCGCGCGUGCGAGGUUGGUGAGGAGUAGGGCGCAGCUUGCGAAUAAUGGGUUUCGGGAUGCCACGUUCACCGAUGCCGAGCUGUUCAUAAUAUCGCCUGACCUGCUGGCGCAUAACUGGCUGGCGUUGGGGCAUAUCAGCUACUUGAGACGUGUAGACAUUGAUAGGUUUAUCUUCCCGGUUGAACACGGUGCUGGCAUGUCGGGAAUCUGA